GCUGCGGUGGCCUCGCUGAGGGGGAGCCUCCACCCGCCCUCCCCGCAGCCCCCGGCUCCCUCUCACCCAGCGAGGCCUCCUGACAGCUCUUCUGUCCUCUCUGCAGAGGUUUUUCCAGGACAGCAUUAUGAGUGAUCAAAUCCAGUUCAUUGUUGAGAAGCUCAAUCAGGAGCCCUUCAGGAAGAACUACAAUUUAAUCUCGUUUGACUCCUUAGAGUCAAUGCAGCUGUUACAGCUGCUCAGUGAUGUUCUGGGGGAGAUUGACCCGAAGCACGCUGUUGACAUUAGAGAGGAGCUGCCGGAACAAACAGCUAAAAGAAUGUUGACUCUUCUUGGUAUCCUUAAAUACAAACCUCCAGGAAGUGUAUCAGACUUGAGUGCAUUUCGCCAGGGUUUAGUUACUGGAAGCAAACCUGUAAUUCAUCCUGUCUUACACUGGCUUCUUCAGAAGACCAAUGAACUCAAGAAAAGAGCUUACCUGGCACGUUUCUUAGUAAAAUUGGAAGUGCCAGCAGAGUUCCUACAAGAUGAUACUGUGGCUGACAUCAACAAACAGUAUGAAGAACUGAUGGAAGCAUUUAAAAGCCUACACAAGGAGUGUGAGCAGCUCAAAACAUCUGGCUUAUCUACUGCAGAAAUAAGAAGGGACAUCAGUGCAAUGGAAGAGGAGAAAGAUCAACUCAUCAAAAGAGUGGAGCGUCUUAAGAAGAGGGUGGAGACAGUACAAAAUCAUCAACGGAUGCUUGAAAUAGCAAGACAGCUUCGCUUAGAGAAAGAGAGAGAGGAAUCUUUGGCUCAACAGAAACAAGAACAAAAAAAUCAGUUGUUCCAUGCAGAGCAGAGAUUGCAAAGAGCGCAGCUCCAGCUGAAAGAGAUGCAUCAUGCAGUAGUGGAUUCAAAACCUGAAAGUUUAAUGAAGAAACUAGAAGAGGAGAUAAAUUUCAAUUCAUACCUGGUUACUGAAAAAAUACCUAGAGAGCUUCAAAGUAAGAAGAAUUCAACAUAUUUCUUACAAAAGGCGGUUGCAGAGCCAGCUAUGAGUCAAUCUGAUCUCAAUGUUCUUGAAAUCAAGAUAAAUGAAGUAAACGCAGAAUUGAAUCAGCUUAUUGAGAAAAGAAUGAUGAAGUAUGAGCCAAUCGAUAGUAAAUUUUCCAUGUAUCGCCAACAGGCAUCUAUAAUUUCCCGGAAAAAGGAAGCCAAGGCUGAAGAACUUCAGGCUGCUAAAGAAGAGAUGUCCAGUGCUGAAAAGCAGAUGCUACAGAAGACCAGUCAGGCCCAUGAGUUAGAAGGCUCUGAAGUUCUGAAAGGAGAUGAGCUCAAACACUAUGUUAAUAAGCUCCGGAGCAAGAACACAUUUUAUAAAAAGAAGCGACUGGAAAUAGCAGAAAUUACAGCUGAGUAUGGCAUCCUCCAGAGGACAGAAGAACUUCUAAAACAGCGCCACGAGGCUAUUCAGCAGCAGUUGCAAGCUAUUGAAGACAAGAAAGGUAUUUCUGGAUAUAGUUACACCCAGGAGGAGCUGGAAAGAGUAUCUGCAGUAAAGAGUGAAAUGGAUGAAAUGAAAGGCCGAACACUAGAUAACAUGUCUGAAAUGGUAAAGAAACUGAAUUCCCUGGUGGCAGAGAAGAAGGCCAGCCUAGCUCCUGUUAUCAAAGAACUGAGACAGUUGCGUCAGAAGUGCCAGGAAUUAACUCAAGAAUGUGAUGAAAAAAAAAUCCAGUAUGACAGUUGUGCAGCAGGGUUGGAGAGCAAUCGCUCAACAUUGGAACAGGAAGUGAAAGGACUUCUUGAGGAGUGUGCUCAGGAAGAAAGCAACUACCAUUACAUUAACUGCAUGAAAAGGAAUGUAGAAAUACAGCUGCAGCGUGCUAAAGAAGAAAUGAAGGCGUACAUCUCCCCAGACCCACAGGAGAGACGAAGGGCAAUUCGAGAACAGUAUGCACGAGUGAUCCUGGAACAAGAAAACCUCGGGAAGCAAUUACGAGAGAAGCAGAAAGUUGUACGGGAAAGUCACGGGCCAAAUAUGAAGCAAAUGAAAAUGUGGCAGGAUUUUGAGCAGUUAAUGGAAUGUAAGAGAGAAUGUUUUCUGAAACAACAAAAUCAAACCGCCAUCGGUCAAGUCAUUCAGGAAGGAGGUAAAGACAGGCUUGUUUUAUGAGCUCUUCUCUCUUGAUACCAACUUGAAGUAGGAAGACGGUGUGUUGGCUUCCUUAAGGUAACUUCUUUACUCAAUAUUGUUGCUUUGAUAAUUUCUACAUAAAUUUCUUGUACGUUAUUUGAUUUUGGUGGAUAAACAAAGAGAGCAACUAACCACUCUGUGAAGCUUUUCCUCCAUUGUUUAAGUGACAACAUAACAUGGGUAGGAAGAUCUGUUCUGAGAGCUGCACUAGGGUGAACCUCAUCAUAAAUCUUCGUUUGAUGAGGCUGGGAAUGGCAUGUAUCUGCAGGGAGAUCAAAGGAAAAGAAAUCCUUCUCCAGGGUCACAGAAAACUUACGUAAUUGCUCUGUUCCUCAUUCUGUAUCACUAAGGUUACAUUUUUGCAAGGCCUGGGACUUGAUAUUGUUUAAUUGUGGCCCUCCUGGCUUGGCCCUCUCCUUCCCUAUUGUCUUUAUUCAUCUAGUGUGACUGGCAAGAAUGGAGCCAUUUUCGCACUGAGCUGCACAGACCUUGCCUGCACACUCCAAGUCAUACUUUCCUUGCAUGGUUGAAUUCAACUGAUUGUGCUUCCAGGAGACAGUUCAUUGCUACAGCGUCAGGAGUAGGUUCUGAGAACAAUUACUUGGAUUCUGAGCUUUUUCCAUUAUCUUUUGUUGUUGUUGUUAACAAAUGUAUUUUUUCUUCUGUUUUUUUUCCUGAGUUGCCCAUGUGAAAGUGUAAACAGCAGCUGACAAAAGGUUUUCUCCAUUGAGGACAUUUUGUGCUGUUUUUUCUGGGCAGCGCAGUUCCAAAGUGGUUGCAAUACCCAAAGAGAUGGAGGGUUAUUGAUGGAUAUAAAUACAGCUCAGGGGCUCGUGCAUAUGCUCAGGUGUGCAAAACAGGUAGAUAGGCAAAGCUGCCUUGUACUCUGGCGUUGGCCUGUGAGUGACAGGCAACUGUCAGUGCCCUUCAAAUUGCAUCAUGAGACCCAGAGCUGACCCAGGGUAAGGGGAAUGCAGGUCAGGCUUGAAACUGUCCCUCACGCUUCAUCAUUCUGGAUAAGCACCUCUUAGCCACAGAGAUCAGAAGCAGAGAGAUUAAUCUGUGGGACCAGAACUCCUGCUGUUCUUCUUUAGUCUCUUGUCUUUCCUGAAUUUUUAGAUAGGUUUUUUUAAAUCUUUUUUCCUGCCUGGAGUAGAACAUUUUUUCAGGACUUUAAAAAAAAAAGAAAAUUGCUUUCUUUGAUACCUAACUGUGAGAUCUGCUGUUUUCUAUAUCAAGAGUGUAUGGUAAUUAUAUAGCUCCUAGUUUGCCCUUGCAUCAAAUAUAUUUGUUAACAGAAGUAAAAUAAAAUCUGAUGACU